AUGUCUGGCGGUCCUUCUACAAGUGUACCUGAAGGAGGAAACGUUCAGUGGUCCAGGCAAGAUACAGCAUGGAUAAUUGAUAUGUACCGUCAAAAACCUUGCUUGUGGAACAUAAAGAGUGCUGAUUAUAAGGACAGAAAUAAACGUGUAACAGCCCUUACAGCAAUAACAAGAGAAAUAGAAAAGAAGUAUGCAUCCGUUACCAUUGCGGAUAUAAAAAAGAAACUAGAUUGUUUGCGAAAUCAGUACAGGCGUGAAAUGCGACAGAUGGAAAACUCUCGCAAGUCAGGAGCUGGGACGGACGACGUGUACAGCCCCAAGUUAUGGUGCUUUGAUGAGCUUUCUUUUCUCAAUGAUGGUGGCAGGGUCAGAGUGAAACUGAACCAUGAACCAGUAUUUGACACCACUCAUCAGUUUACAACUUUGCCCGCCAGUCUUUUCCCGGUGAAGGAGUAG